AUGACUGUUUUGACUACACACAUUAUCUCCUUCGUUCCUUCACAAAUCAAUAUUUUUAAAGGUUUAUAUUUUUAUUCUUUGUCAGCGAUAUUCAUUUCAAUAAUAAAUUAUCUGUUUUCCAAUACUUGCCUGCCAGAUAGUACACCAGCAAUCGAAUCAAACAUCUUAAACUUUGAACAAGAACUAUGUCGUUUAGGUGCAUCCAUGUACGUUGGUAGUGUGAGUAGUUAUGACAACAUGAACGAAUUUGGCAGCGGUAACACUGCCAACACUACUACUAAUAAUACAACAACUAAUAUAUUUGACAAUGACACUGGUUAUUUUGAUGGCAAUGAUAAUGAUUCUUCCAGUACACAUAUUUUACAGACAACAUCCACAAAUUCUUAUCAUAUUCAUGUUGAUAAACCUGUGUUGAAUCCACCUGCUGAUAAACUUUAUACACAAAUGGUAUUGACAAAAUGA